AUGGGGCCGCCUUCUAGCCUAUCAACCUCACAGCGAGAUGCCCUCCGUGCACUUACUGAUGGAUUCUUACCUCCUUUAUCGGUUCCUCAGGAGUAUCAGCCCAAGUAUGAGGCCCAGAACCGCAUCCACGAAGAAUAUUGGAGUCGACGUGUCUCCGCUGACUCUGACUUUUUGAAGGCCCUAGAAAGUUCCAUUGUCGACAAGCUUCCCGCCAGAGAAUCUUUUCUUACUCGAUUUCUUUUAAAGGCUUUGUCAACUAGUGUUGGAACCGCGUUGUUGUUUGGUAAACCCACGCUACACCCCUUUACGGAAUGGCCCGUUCCACAGCAGACGGCUCUGUUGCAAUCAUUGAAAACCAGCUCGAUUGCUACGAGACGGCAGAUUUUCAAUGGAUUCAAACGCUUAAUAUGUGGAUUAGCAUAUUCCUAUACGGUCAAUGGAACAAAUCCUUUUUGGAAAGCAGUUGGGUAUCCCGGGCCAGCCCAAAACACUCUCCUUUCCAAGCGAGAGGAUACGGCUCUCGUCGCCAAGACGAUGGAGCAGCAACGACCGAUCCGGGAAGCUCUCGUUCCCAUUGAUCUGGAUACGGAAUAUGAAUGCGACAUUGUGAUCGUAGGAUCGGGAUCAGGCGGAAGUGUAGCCGCUAGCGUUUUGUCAGAGGCGGGUUAUCAAGUGCUCGUUCUGGAAAAAGGCACUUACAUUGCGCCAGCAGAUAUUUCCAACGAAGAAGCCGACGCGUUGGAUCGCAUGUACGAGACACACGGAUUGCUUACAACGAAAGAUGGCUCCAUGAUGAUUUUAGCCGGUGCGACAUUGGGGGGUGGAACGACUAUCAACUGGAGUUGCUGUUUGCCUUUACCCUCGUACGUUCGGGAGGAGUGGCGUUCUGAGCAUGGUCUCGUGGACGACUUUAAAGAGGGAGGUGAAUUUGAAACUUCGACGCGAGAGAUUCUCAGUCUCAUGGGUGUCACGAAUAAGAUUACACACAAUGCGCUGAACCAGAAGCUUCAGCAAGGUUGCGAUGCUCUGGGAUACGAAUGGGAAGCGAAUUACGUAAAUUUGCUUCAAACUGCCAACGCAACAGCAGGCUACAUUUGCUUUGGAGAUCGAUACGGCAUGAAACGCGGUGCCUUGUCUGUUUUUCUUCCCAAAGCCAUUUCUUACGGUGCAAAACUAAUCGAAGGAUGUCACGUCGAACAAGUUAUUCUCGGAGAGGGAGAAAAUGGUCGUCGGAGGGCUGAAGGCGUUCGAUGCAGUGUGGGAGCCCACCGACUUCACGUCGUAGCAAGAAAAGCCGUUGUCGUCGCUGCAGGUGCUCUACAUACGCCCUGUCUAUUGCGGCGUUCCGGCCUAAACAAUUCGCAUAUUGGAAAGCACCUUCGCUUGCACCCUGUAACUGUUGCCGCUGGCUUCUCCAAGCCGACUGAUCCUAUCGAAUGCUAUCAGGGUGCGCCUUUGACCACGGUCUGCAACCAAUUUUCUCAUGGCCCCGCCAACGAUGGAUAUGGGGCAAAGAUUGAAUGUCCAAGCGCGCAUCUUGGCCUUUUAGCUGCAGGCUUGCCUUGGACAAAUCCUGAACAAUUCAAAGAUAGAAUGCUUCGUAUUCGAAAUGGUGUGGUUUUCAUCAUCGUUCAGAGGGACAAAGGCGAAGGCACUGUUUCGCUUGCUCGAGACGGAGCUACCCCAGUUGUGGAAUACUCUGUAUGCCCAGCUGACAAAGUUAGCAUGCAACAGGCCGUCUGUGGUGGAGUGCGGAUUUGUAUCGCAUCGGAAUCCACGGAGGUCACAACUGCGCACAGUCUCGAUGAAGGUAUGCACAUCUCUGACGGAGAUUUUUUGCAGGAAUAUCUUUCAAAAUUUACGGCUUUGGGACUGAAGGAAAAUGAGGUUGCAUUGUUCUCUGCCCACCAAAUGGGAUCUUGCCGUUUGAGCGCGACCCCCCUUUCUGGCGCGUUGGAUCCGAAUGGGGAAGUUUGGGAAAGCGACGACUUGUAUGUUAUGGAUGCAAGUACGUUCCCAACUGCUUCUGGGGCGAAUCCAAUGAUAACGGUUAUGGCAAUAUCGUUGAUGCUAAGCAAUCGCCUCGCUUUACGGCUACAACACGUGGACUAUAAGCUUCGUCGAGCUGGAGAUAUUCAAAAAGCGGAAGAAAUGGCGAAGCGCCGACUAGAGCUGCGAAAUACUUUUUCUAUAUCGCCCGAGAAAAACAGUUCUGCUGAACGACCCGGUGCACAUUGGAACAGAAUUGUGGAUAAAUCCUUGUCGAUACUCAUUUUGUUAACCCUUAUGAUACCGAUCUUGCGGUCGUGGUUUUUCGAUGUCCCGCUCGUCCAGGAUCUAGUCAAGCAUCCUAUAAUGUGAGGAUAUGGAGGUUGCUUCUUCGCUAUCCUUGUAUCUUCAGUACAAUAUUCAAUGAUAACACCGGGGAGGCGGAUGGGGAGGAAUCCGCAAAAUCAGGGAAUCUUUUGUCAAUAUAAGACGUUAAUGUUUAGAGCAGAAGCGACAAGCCCCGCUGAAUCGAAGGGAAAUCAGUCUAUGGAUGUCAGCUUUCCGAAGAUGAUGCGUUCGCCACUCACAUCGACCUCUUCAAAAUACAUCAAAAUUUAAGAACGAGUGGACCGAUUAUAAGGGCUUUACUCAGUCGAGACCAUAGCUGUGAACUAAACCAGGAGUCCAUUUUCAUAUGUUUCCGAUUAUCUGUUAGAGCAGCUAUGCUGUCAUUGAUCGCUAAGCUACAGACUUCGUUGAUGCGACGUCUCGUCCAAGGUUGUCAGGUACCACAAAUAGCUUUUUUGCAACUCAACUGAAGCCCGAAAAAGUCAUUGCCCCUUCCACGUUACAAUAUUACGCACAAUGAAACAUGAAAGGAGUUCUUAUGCAGCUGGGGCGAAUUUUGGCCAGCUUGGCUCUGAAAGCAACAAAUUCAGAUAAAAGAAAAGGUACUCCUCUGAGUUUAGCAGCUUUGAGUAAUCCGUUAUGAGAAAAGUCAUCAGGGUUUGUUGACGACAGUGAGACGCUUCUGAAGCGUUGUAAAAGUGCGAAUGAACGUGUCCCAGAUUGUUGAAGAGAGCCAAAAUAAGAAGGUUAAAAGACGCCGCAUAAUUUCGUUGC